AUGAAUGCUCUGUACAUUGGUAAGGGUAGUACUCUCAGGCAAAUUUUAUUCAAGAUCGCCCUUCUUAUCAUUGUUACAGGGCAUGCGAAGCUGCUCGCAGGAGAAAGGUUGUUAGAGGUAGGCUCCUCAGAAAAUCCAAUAUGCCACUUGGACAUAGCCGGCAGUUGCGGUGGUACAAAGUAUCGGGACCGGCAUCCAGGCCUACAAUGUGAUGUUGAGGGCUGCAUUUGCAUAUCUUUCCCCGAGGAAACAAGCUUCAAAUCCCUACAGAAGUGUUCGUCAAGCGAUGAGAUCUGUCGACAUUGGGAACGCGUGGCAUCGCACUUUGGACUGGGCGGCCAAUCUUCGACACGUGUACUCGGUGCGACAUGCAACGAUGGCCGGCGUUGCGAAGAAAUGGCCGUCUUUACCCCGUUUCUGGUUCCGACUGGAACCCUCUUCGCAUCACCGAGAAUGCCUAAUGUCGAUGGCUUCGACGAGCUACGCGUGAACAUCCCCGCCAUAGAUGACGACAAGUGGGUGAGCGAGGUCGCAACAGGCCCUGUCUGGCAGUUUGCUCGCCAACUCAACUUCGAUACUCUCUUUAACGGUGAAGAAGACUCGGCAGACCAUCCCGAUCUGGUCGCCGAUGGCUGGACUAAGAUGGCGCGCGGCUUUUUGGGCUUCAUCGCGGGGCCGCGUCACGUUACACUCAAAAGAUCAACCAAGUACGUACAACCGUUUUGCCUCAUGUGGUGUAAGAGACCCACCUUUCAGGAUGAGUACCUGCCUACUUUCAACCAGCCGCAUGUCACGCUCGUGAACACGGAUAGCAAGGGCAUCGAGCGGUGUAUAUCGUGGGGGGUAAUCGCUAAGGGGGUGGAGUACGAGCUUAACGUGCUGAUUCUUGCCACGGGCUUCCUGCUGGCAUUAGGGGGAAACAUAGCGCCUGCUGAGCUCUUUGGCAUACCUAUUGCGGGCCGUAGCGGCCGCCAUCUCAAAGACAAAUAUGGCCUUCUCUGUCCUGGUCUCGGUGGCGGACCGGGCUCAAUAAAUCUCACUAUCAUAUUUGACUUGAAAUCUAAGUACAUGGCCAAUAUCUUAAAAGAGGCCGUGGAUCGGCUUCCAGAUCCUACACAGCUUGUGACCAAGCCGACUAGAGAAUACUCGGUCUUGUUCGCUUGCACACCGAGCUACUUCAACCACAAGGGCGACGCGUUGUUAUGUCAUAGGGGUACAUCAACGGGCUUACUAUCCGUGCCAAGGCUUAGCUUAUUAAGCUAA